AACCCUAAAUAACUUCCAUUCUGGUCUGACUGAGCGGGCAGCACCCCCUCCUCACAGCACAGCGAGGGACAGUGAGGAAGGAGAAAGUGUGAGAGGAAGAGUGUGUGACGGAGAGAACGUAAGAAGAUGACAGUUGACGUUGACAUUUCAGGUGAGCAGAUGGUGUCUUUAUCUCUUGUGGCCACGUGGUUUCCCACUAUGAGUGUUCGCAGCAACAGAUGACAAAACAAACAUAUCCGACAAGGUUCACCCGGAGAUUCUGAGUCUGGACUGGACCGUUUCAGCUGAAGGGUUGGACUUGACCAUGUUCUGCUGUGGCUUUGUAGCUAGAAGACCCAACUCGAGUAACGACAGUCAGCAGGACUUUAAACCAGUUUUUGUUGCUUUGCUGGGUGUACAGUGCUGAGUCAGCCGAGUCUGGAUAUUUGUGAAUGAUGAGUCAGUGAGAUCUCUCAGCAGAAAGACAUCAUCACGAUGCUGGAAUGAGAAGGACCCCAGGUUGGACUUGGAUGCCACAAUCACAUUUUUGUACCAGGACGCUCCUUAGUUUUUGUUUUUUUGGGACUUUUUGAAACUUCAGCUAAAACUUUGAACUGUUCAGACCUUAAACUCCACAUCAUCCUCUACUGCGUAACUACUGAACAUCCAGAAUCUUCCAACCUCAUCCAGUCAUGGAUUCACAGGGUGGUCCAUUCCUCAACAAGAGGGCCCUCUGCUCACCUCUGGGAGCUGCCCGCCUCUGCCAGUUAGCUAUGGGUUGCGCUGUGAUUGCCAUGGUAACCCACAGUGCUGGCUUCAGUGGUUCACAUGGUGUGUUCUGUAUGGCGGCGUGGUGCUUCUGCUUCGCCAUGUCAGUUGUGGUGUUUUUCCUGGACGCUACUCGUCUCUACAGCUGCCUGCCAGUAUCCUGGGACAACCUGACAGUCACGUGUGCUGCCUUUGCGACUCUCAUGUAUGUGACAGCCUCUGUCAUCUACCCGCUCUUCUUCGUCCAAUCCGAGUGCCCCUACGCCGGCUGUGAUGUCCGAAAUUUCCGCAUCGCUGUGACCGUCUGCUCCAUCCUGGGCACUCUGGCCUAUGGGGCUGAAGUGGCCUUGUGCCGAGCCAGGCCAGGCCAGGUUGUUGUGGGCUACAUGGCCACCGUCUCUGGCCUCCUCAAAGUUGUUCAGGGCUUUGUUGCUUGCAUCAUCUUUGGAGCUCUGGCCAACAGGAGCGAGUAUUACCGUUACGUUGCCACAAUCUACUGUGUUGUCGUUUAUGCCUUCUGCUUUGCUCUGACUGCCGUGGUGGUCAUAAUGACUGUGCGUGGCCGGACCAAGGCUGUAUGCUGCAUGUCCUUUGACCGCUUCGUGGUUGUGUGCACCCUCCUGGAAGUUCUGCUCUACCUGAGCGCUUCAGUGGUGUGGCCGGUGUUCUGCUUUGACACAAAAUACGGCUCUCCAUGGAGACCCUCAUCAUGCCCUCAGGGGAAGUGCCCAUGGGACAGCAAGGUCGUGGUGGCUGUGUUCUCCUUCGUCAACUUUGGACUGUAUGUGGCCGACCUGAUCUACUCCCAGAGGGUACGACUUGUGGCCUCACACAGGCCCUCUAACUCACGAGUGUAGCAUCAGAUGGACACGUAUUUUGCAUCACUGGUUUAACAAGUUAUUUAUGUGCUUCAUUGUUUAUGAUUAUCUUUGGGCAUUUAUUUGAUAUUUAAAGACACAAAAACUAUUGAGGGCGAAAGAUGGAUGUGAGUUAAAGAUCCCAGGCCUUUAACAUCACUCGUGCUGCUCGUGGUCUGCUGCUGAGGCACGCAGACACCCCAAGUUAAAUGUGAAAGUACUGUGGAAUGUAGACAAGGAAUGUUGCCACUAUGACCCCUCUGCCACACCCCACCGAGGUGACACCCCAUCUCUUCCCCAUCCCUUUGAGAGACUUUGGCACAGCAGCCAGCCUCACCCAAGCAGCCAGGGCCCACUGGUAUGUCUGACUAAAUCCCCAGAAAGUGAGACACUCCACUCUUCUUGACCUGCAGCAUAACACACAUACAAACUUACUUCCUGCUUGUAUUUCAGCUCCAAUAAUGCAUAAAAGUCGUGAAUAUAAAUAGUAAAUCUGGCAUUGGCAUCUGUGGCAUUCCUGUCAUCUGCAAACCCCACACCAGUGAUCGACGCACAUUGCCCAGGCUGCCAAAAAUAAACAUGAGCUGUCUGCACACAUAUUGAAGCUGUGAGACAGUGUUUAUAAGAGGCUGGGGUCUUUAAAACCUCACUAUGAAAUGCUUCCUUCACUCUGUGAUUUUUUUUAUUUUUUUUUUAAAUAGGGUUAAUUUCAUCCAGCUGCACUGUUAAGCUGACCUGCUGCUCGUUUAAAAACACACAAUAUUCACCGUUGCACAAUUUGAACAUUGUCAGCCUGACCUGGGAAUGUUUGUACAUUUUCACUAAAGACUCAAACAAACUUCUGGUUAGUUGCAAGUCUCCAAACACACAUACUGGUACAUUGUUAGACAUGCGUUUUUCACUUUCACCUUAUUUAUUUUUAUUAUUGUUAGCAUAAUUUUACACGCUAGAAAAUAAAAAUAUAUGGUCUAAAUAAGCUUCACACAACACAGUUCUGUCUUGUUGUUGUCUUUAUUAUAGAAUUCUUCUACCUCUGUGGCAUUACAUAAAUAAAAUUACUGAAUAAUUUGGCCAUGUUUCAACAUGUUGUAUUCAUAUGCAACAUAACCUGUCUUGUCUGGGCUGUGCCUGUAAAUGGUGAACCAACAUUAAUGGGGCUAUGUUGCUCCAUAUCCCUCACAGUAAGUCGGGCGAUGCUAUGGUUUGUCCAGCCGAAUGCCACACAAGAACCAGUGUUGUUCAAAUGAUUAAUUACUUCAAUGAUCUUCAAUGGGGUGUGUGAAAGACAAUUAAGAGUUUAGCCUGUAGAAUAUUUUGUAUUUGCCGCCCUCUUUUGCUCCCUCCCCUUUAUCAUCUCUUCUCGGUCACCUUCGUCACUUGAACCAAUUCAUGUUAUCAUUUUUAUGUCUCGUCAGUCUGAGUGUAUAACCCGACAAAAGUUCAUUAUUCACAGUCUCUGACCCAUCCUCAGUUGUUCAUUUGCUAUGUAGUGUAAAUUUAUACCCCUCUGUCCCUGCGUACUCUGGGGGUAAAAGAGGAGAGGAGGAGGAGGAGGCCUUUCUGGCUGCCAUCCUCUCUGUCAGCACUUUUAUUUUCUUGUUCCACAAAUCUAAAACAGAAGAAGACAUCUGGCUGUCUCUCCUUGUCCUCCUUCUGUUCCCUUAAUUAAGAUUUCUCUCUCAAACUCUCCUCCCUAACUGUGUCUCUCCAGAUUUUCACCUUCCUUCCCUCCCUUCAUUUCUCUCUCACACAUCAUACUAUUCACCCCCUCCUCCAUCACUCCUCUCUGCUUUGGUCACCUCGUUGAAUCUCAUCUCUCUAAUCCAGGAUCAAUGUCUUUCCCUGUCACAUCUGUGAGUGCUAUGGAUGUAUUAUAUUAAGUCCUCGAGAAGCCACUGUGCCACAUACGUAAAAGCAAAACCGUCUUGGUGCUCAGCAGCAAAUCCAGCACCAGUUGGCUGCUCUUGUAUCCAAAUCUGUGUAAGACCACAGAAAACGUCACUGUGUGUCUCAGACAUUUGCAAGUUCAGACACUGUGCCAAUUUCUGCAAAUUAACAAGUAAAUACAAGUGAGGAGCAUGACAGAGGGAACGGAUGAACAGCUGAGGGGGUUUAUUUAAACUGGUGGUGAUUUUUUGCAGCAAUAAAUAAUGUUGUGUCGUUGAACUAACAUUUUUAUGUAAGUGUGUGUGUGUGCGUUUGUUUUUUUGUUU